UUGGUCGGAAAGGACUCAAAAGCUGUCAAAACUAACUUCAACUCGUGAAAAGUUUACAAUAAUCACCUUAAAAUCAAAACAGGAGGUCUUUACUUGUGAGAUUAUUUCAUUCUAGGUUUGAGACUGGAAAGAGAUUGAAGCGAAGAUGCCUGUUCCUCUAUCAGUUUACAGUGUCCUAACGCCAGGCGUCGACUUUCAAAAUGGAAGUCGGACAGAGGAUCAACGCCGAGAAAGGGUUCGUAACGUUCUGAAGUCUCCUGUUGUCUUUCUAGCCGUUUUCUUCAACCUAUUAUUCGCUCUAUUCGUUCUCUUUGUUCUGAGCAAUUAUACCCGAGAACCACCGUGUGAUGCGAUGGAUCAACCUGGAAUCCUGACCACUCCUGCAGCUCCCAUAGAUAAGUCUUUUCAUCGUGUUGGAACAUACAACCAUCAUCAUUUUGACGAGAACUGUCAUUAUGACCAUACCCUUAACAUCCUAUCUGUGGAAUUGAAAGGAGACGGCUACGGGGAGAAUGCAACCAUAAUCUAUGAUUUCUCUCGGCGACUAAUGACUUACAAGCUAACCCGGAAGCAGAUAUGUUUUCUUGGAGUAAUUGAUGAGGUCAUUGAUGUCGAAGUUAUUCAAGACGGUGAUUCAGUUAAUCUUCCUGAGACGACCGGGAGCAACUUUACAUCAAGCGGGGUCAUCCCGGAUGGGUUCUUGCGCCUCAACACAUCACCGGUCGUUGCCUUACAUUGCGCCAAUUUCGAGACGUAUUGGGUCGAACCGGUCGAUGCGUCAUCGAGAGUGAGAACGGUACGCCAUCAUACUCAUACCACUACUACAACUACCACUACCACCACGUCAGACGGAAAGACAACUACUACCACUACUACAACUACAACUUCCCAGCAAUAGAUGGGCGUUGCCUCGCGGAGCAUCGGCGUUUAUUCAUCAAUGACUGGUUGGCUUGCGUCAAUGUUUGUGUUGGCAUUAUAUGCCGGUUGUAAUCAGAUAUUCUCAAUUAAGCCAAUGAACCAAUUGAACUUCAACUAAAAUUGGUCGCCGGGACAAAGCGAGCAAAUUAAGGGCUUAUUUCACAGUGAAUAGAAAUAUAAUGCAUCAUAAUGCCUUGAUUCGUCGAAUAGACAAGGAAAAGAAAUAAAUAUCAAAUUUCAAUUCCCUCUCUGUGCGCGUGAUCGGCGCAGGCAAUAUCUUUGAGUUUGUUGUUUGACGCAUGCAGUAUAAGACUG